AUGCAGAUUUCGGGAAUGCUCUCCAACAAGCCUAAGGAGGAUGAAAUCACAGCUGCUCCCUUGAGAGCACCCGAGGUGCUUCUCCAUGGAUCCUGGAAUGAGAAGGUGGAUAUAUGGGCGUUUGGAUGCUUGAUAUUCGAGUUCGUCGUAGGACGGUCUCUAUUUCGACAUGAAGGUUACAAAGAUCCGAACACAGAUAUUAUCCUAGACGAGAUAGCCCACCACCUUUAUCAAAUGGCAUGUUUUCUUUGUAAGGUAGAUUUCCCCGCGGAGGUGUUGCAGCACAGCAGACUUGCAUCACUAUACUUUGAAACAGACUGCACGUUCACACAUUCCCUUCCUCUGCAAUUGUUUCCCAUUAGAGGGCAGAUUAACAGCACUAAAAAGUUCAGUCCAGAGGAUGUGAAGAGCACGAAUAAGAUUGUGAAACGGUGCCUCGAGCUCAAUCCGGCCGAUAGGCCAACAGCCGCUGAGUUACUGAACGAUCCUUGGUUCCUCGGUGUAGAAUAA